UCGUCCCUCACGGACGACGCGCGCCGCUGCCUGCCCGGGGCUGUCUGCCGGCUUCCAGCCGGGCCCCCAGCCCUUGCGGGUGUCGAGGUGGCUGGCGAAGGCACCUUUCCCGCUUCCUUCUGCUCAUUUCCCAGUUGGCUCCUGGCUUCUCUCAUGGCCCGUUCUGUGGCCGCCUAGGUCCGGCGUCUGUGACUGCGCCCUGCGGGCGCAGGGCGGCCGGCUGCCUUCGGGGCUGGGCCGGCCGCCGCGGUCUCCAUGGUAACGGCCCCGCCGGCGGCCGGGCCUCUGGGGGAAGAUGCGGCCUGCCCGGCCCGCCGCCUCGCCCCCGGCCUCUCGGUCCGGCGGGGGUCACUGAGGAGCGGGGGCCCGGCCGGCAGCCUGCCUGGCAGCGGGCACCAGUGAGAUCUCACUCUCUGGCUGGAGACACAGAUGGCCUCAAAUGAGAGAGAUGCUAUAUCAUGGUAUCAGAAGAAGAUUGGAGCAUAUGAUCAGCAGAUAUGGGAAAAGUCAAUCGAACAGACUCAGAUUAAGGGUUUCAAAAACAAACCAAAAAAAAUGGGCCAUAUAAAACCAGACUUGAUUGAUGUUGACUUAAUCAGAGGCUCAACAUUUGCCAAAGCCAAGCCUGAGAUUCCAUGGACGUCGCUCACUCGGAAGGGCCUUGUUCGAGUGGUGUUUUUCCCAUUAUUCAGCAGUUGGUGGAUUCAGGUUACCUCUCUCAGAAUCUUUGUUUGGUUGCUGCUACUGUACCUCAUGCAAGUUACAGCGAUCGUUUUAUAUCUCAUGAUGCCUAUUGUGAGCGUGAGUGAAGUGCUUGGACCAUUGUGCCUUAUGCUACUCAUGGGAACUGUCCACUGUCAGAUCGUGUCGACUCAGAUAACAAGGCCCUCAGGAAACAAUGGAAAUCGGAGAAGAAGAAAAUUACGAAAAACUGUAAAUGGUGAUGGGACCCGAGAUAAUGGAAAUAACUCCCCUGAUAAAGUCAGAGCAGUAGAAACUCUGGACUCUGCACCCAGUGUUGGUGGUUUUUGGGGGACUCUCUUUGGCAACAGGAUUAAAAGGGUGAAAUUAGUAUCUAACAAAGGGACUGAAACUGACAAUGACUCAGGCUGUUUCCAUCCUAUCAUUAAGAAGAGACAGGGUCGACCAGAGAUCAGAAUGUGGCAAGCAAGAGAGAAAGCGAAGGUUUCGGAUGGAGAAAAGUGCCGUAGGGAGGCUUAUAGGCGUUUGGGUAAUGGCGUUUCAGACGAUCUGUCAAGUGAGGAGGAUGGUGAAGCACGGACCCAGAUGAUAUUACUGCGUAGGAGUGUGGAAGGGGCAUCAAGUGACAAUGGUUGUGAAGUUAAGAACAGAAAAUCAAUACUUUCAAGGCACCUAAAUUCUCAGGUAAAGAAAACGGCGACAAGGUGGUGUCAUAUAGUUCGGGAUUCAGAUAGUCUGGCUGAAUCAGAAUUUGAAUCAGCAGCCUUCAGCCAGGGUUCUAGGUCUGGUAUGAGCGGUGGCUCUCGGAGCCUUAACUUGUCAAGAAGAGACUCAGAAAGCACCCGACAUGACUCAGAGACGGAGGAUAUGUUAUGGGAUGACCUUCUCCAUGGCCCAGAGUGCCGGUCGUCUGUCACCAGUGACAGUGAGGGGGCUCAUGUAAAUACCCUUCAUUCAGGGACCAAACGUGACCCCAAAGAAGAUGUUUUUCAGCAGAACCAUUUAUUCUGGCUUCAGAAUUCAAGUCCUGCCUCUGAGCGAGUUAGUGCGAUAAUCUGGGAAGGAAACGAGUGCAAAAAGAUGGAUAUGUCUGUGUUAGAGAUAAGCGGCAUCAUCAUGAGCAGGGUGAAUGCAUAUGAGCAAGGUGUUGGCUAUCAGAUGCUGGGGAAUGCAGUCACCAUUGGCUUAGCACUUUUCCCGUUUUUAUAUCGACUUUUCCGAGAGAAGAGCUUUGACCAACUAAAGUCCAUUUCAGCAGAGGAGGUCCUGACCCUUUUCUGUGGUGCGCCUCCCGUCACACCUGUUGUUAUUUUGUCUAUAAUUAAUUUUUUUGAAAGAUUGUGUCUUACGUGGAUGUUUUUUUUCAUGAUGUGUGUGGCAGAGAGAACAUAUAAGCAGAGAUUUUUAUUUGCAAAACUCUUCAGCCAUAUUACUUCUGCCAGGAAAGCCAGGAAAUAUGAAAUACCUCAUUUCAGACUUAAAAAGGUGGAGAACAUUAAAAUAUGGUUAUCACUGCGCUCCUAUCUAAAGAGACGGGGUCCACAGCGCUCAGUGGAUGUGGUCGUGUCCUCCGUCUUCUUGCUGACACUUUCAAUAGCUUUCAUUUGUUGUGCACAGGUUCUUCAGGGUCACAAGACAUUCCUGAAUGAUGCUUACAACUGGGAGUUCUUGAUCUGGGAAACAGCACUGCUGCUUUUCUUGCUUCGCCUGGCCUCACUGGGCUCAGAAACCAACAAGAAAUAUAGCAAUGUUUCCAUCCUGCUCACUGAACAGAUUAAUUUAUAUCUUAAAAUGGAAAAAAAGCCAAAUAAGAAAGAACAGCUCACCCUGGUAAACAAUGUACUGAAAUUGUCCACCAAGUUGUUAAAGGAGCUGGACACACCAUUUAGACUCUACGGACUGACCAUGAACCCCUUAAUCUACAAUAUCACAAGAGUAGUCAUCCUUUCUGCUGUCUCUGGGGUUAUAAGCGAUCUUCUAGGAUUCAACAUCAGACUGUGGAAAAUUAAGUCCUGAGCUGAGAUGUGUGCCUGGACUCUUUCCUUGGCUGCUGUCAUUGCUCAUCCACUGAGGACAAAGAUGGCUCACAGAGACCAGUGACCCCACCUGCAGGCUCACGUGCAGUCUAACGAAUGCACAUCCUUCCCCUGGGCACGUGUUAAAAGCCUGCACUUUCAUGGUUCUCAAGCAACAUGAAUAGUCAGCAAAUUAAAGCCUGCCUCACAGAGACUCGGGACUGUUUCCUGAGUCAGGACAUUUAUCGUGGAGCCUCCGGUACUGUGCUAGUUACAUUUACUGUAAAUAGUCUUUUGGGUAACCAUGGUAGAUGCCCAAAGCAUGAAGCAACUAUCUUUUAUUGGAAAUAUGCAAAUGCAGUACUUUUCUAUUAUAGUCUAUGGAUUGGGGAUUUCUCUAUCAAAAGGAGAGAAACUAUUUUAGGGUGAAUCCAAAUAAAAGAACUUUACUAGAAAA